GUUGGUUACAGGUAAGUGACAUAUUUGAAUGUUAAUUUUUCAAAGUUGUGUCGAAAGAAUAUACACUAUAUAUAUUAGAGUCCUCCAGAUAGCCAGAGUCCAAAUGGCCCAGUCUUAGAGCUUCGAUAAAGGAGAUGGCCUUGAUGGAGGCCUCAGGCGGUGUUUCGACAGAGACAAGUCUCCCGACUAGUCUCUGUCGAAGGCUAGAGAGAGGCUGCCAUCAGGAAGGCGACGUCGACAGCUUGUAUCGACGGGACCAAGACGUCGCUGCUGCCGAGUAGCCUCGCCUUACCCAAGGUACUAUCAAAAAAUUGAUAUCAAAGAUGUCUCUCUCGAAGAGGUGUCGUGAGUAUUUCUGAAGCGUGUGUUGUUUUGACGCUGAGAAAAAUUUGAUUGUUCAAUUCAAACAUUGUGUCAUAUCGGAGCAAAUUCCAGACAGAAUGGGGCACAAAAAUGUAGAAAGCCCCACAAACCGGUUGCUCGAAGGAUCGCAACGAAGCUGCGAUGAGGUGGCGAUAAACGUUUCCUCCAAAACGAAUUCGGAGCAAGUUGUGGGAACGAGCCUUAGGGACAUACCUGCGGAGACGGGAGAUGGCGCAGGUGCGAAUGCGACCACCGGCACAGCACUGCAUCUCGCAGCAGCCAAGGAGGACAAAGAUCUAGUAGAAGGUAUUCUUGAUGGGACAAAAGGGCCAAAACUGAAGGUAGACGUGGCCGCAUCCAAAGGCAUCACGGCCUUGCAUAUUGCGGCUUAUUUAGGCCAUGGAAGCAUCGUCACAUUGUUGCUUGACUGGUAUAGGAAAGAUCCUGCUGCUGAUGUUAAUGCCCGAGAUGAAGUGCUAGGCAGAACAGCUUUGCACUAUGCAGUAGGAGGAGGGCACCAGACGGUAGUCGAGGAACUGAUUAGAUUUCCCCGUAUCAACAUUUGCCCAACAGACUCUUUUCACAACCUCACUCCUUUGCUGAUGGAGGUAAUGAAGCCCAUGGCCCUCUGUGAGGGCGGCGUUCGCUGCUAUGAAAAAAAGCAAAUUUGCAAUUCUGACUUGGUCAAGACAUUAAUAAAUGCGCGGCCUGACCAAAUCAACCUCGCAGUUGGUCCUGCCAUUCCUCAGGAUCAGCGGCUUCCUGAUGGGCACAUCCUCUUGCCCUGGCUGGACUGGUGCCCUAUUAAAUUAUUCCGGAGCGACUUUGUUUUACAGAUAGUCUCCGGCGAGCCUCGGAACGAACAGUCUGGGUUUUCCGAGGAAUAUGAUGGAAGGACACACGAGCAAAUACAGGAAGAUAUGAUAGAAGCUGACAGAGAGAAGACCCAACAGAAGUCGAAGGCAGAGAGCACAAAACCAGCACAUCCUGCAGCUCCUCCCAAGGAGAACAAGGACCGCUACCACAAGUACCUAUGCUCGAUGGAAGGGCACACGAUUUUCCACCUCGCUGCCACACAAAACAACGCAAAGGUCCUCUCGCACCUCCUCUUCAAUGGCCCGAGCGCAGCAGAUGUGAACAUCCUCACAGCCGAUGGCAGCGGAAUGACCCCUCUGCACUGCGCCAUCAGAGCGGAAUCCUUGGAGGCAUUCGACGUCCUGAUGUCCCAUGGGAAAGUGGACGUGAACGCCGUCCUGAGAGCGGGACGCAAACUCGCGCGGCCAGAUUGGACGGGGCUGACAUUGACAUCGUGGUCAAAGGAUAAAACCGAACCAUACCGAUUCUACGAAAAGAGCCACGUGUCCGACACCCCUCUGCACCUCGCGAUUCGCUGCUGCAACUCCUUGACGCUGCGAGAGAUGGUCAUGACGUUCUGCAACCAUCCCGAGUUCCAGCCCAGCAUCUACAACAAGUCCGGCGUCCUCCCGCUGGAUCUGGCAUGGCUCCGAUCCUCGUGCAGCUUGCAAUCCGGUUUGAGCUCGGUCCACCUGGAAUCGGUCCUCGAGAUGCUCGAGCGCCACCCGGGGAACGAGCCGUUGAUGGCCGAGGUCAACGCCAUGAAGACGGGGGCCCAGAACUCCGCGAACGCCGUGCUGGUCGCGGCCACGCUGCUCGGAGCGGUGACAUUCGGUGCUCUGCUGCAGCCGCCGUUGGGCGCCACCUACGGGUACAAAAGCCGCCCCGUGCGCAUCUUCUGGACCUACAAUUGCAUGUCCUUCUACUUCUCCAUGUACACGAUCCUGUGCUGCCUGGGCCUGGUCACCACGCAGCACACGCAGCGCAUCACGGGCGGCACCAAGAGCCACAUGUGCAUUACUCAGGACGUCCACGACGCCCACGAGCAGGCCCAACUCUUUUCCAAGAGCCCCAUGUCCAUGUCUCUGCGCGUCUACUACGCCCAGGAGCAGGCCCAGAUCGUCGUCCCCCUCAUCUUCUGUGUCGUGUCCGGAGUGGGAGCCUUCGCCGCGGCUGGCUUUGGCAACCUGCCACCGGAGGCGAGGACCCUCAUGCUGGUAACCACGAUUUUGGGUCUUAUUCUCGUUCUUAUCGAGGCCCUUCGCAGCAUCUUCAGCACGUUCCAGAGGUACCUGGAUGUGAAAGUUGGGUUCAUAACGCCAUGGGAUCCGGCAUGGUAUCUGGCUUACGGGAUGUUGUGUGUGAGUCCGAAAGAACUAGUUACGAUGCCGUUCAAAAUAAAAGUGAGUUUUCAUGUGAUUCCUCUAGUACACAACGACUAUGCCAGGAAGAGGAAAUUAGCUCUUCUGGCUCUCUACGUUUAUCUUUUUACGGUCAUGACAAUCCUUGCACUUGUUUUGUGAAGAAGACUCGCCAGUUCUGAUUCAUUCUCUUCAACUUCGUGAAUCUUGCAUCAGGAACCUAAUUCCGAAUGCAUGUGACGAAGCUUGUGUCCCAAGUUUGUUGAGGAAAUUACUUGUGCCAAAGCUUGUGUCCCAAGAUUGAGUUAAUCACUCGACGGGGAUAUAG